AUGGAAAAUCAAAAGAGCAACCCUGUAGCCGAUGACAUUAAGGUUAACGCCGAGAAAGUCAAGGAGCACCUCAAGCAUGUUGAAACUCAUGAGAAGCGGUACAUUCCAACGCAAGCAGAUAUCGAGGCUGAGAAAAAGCUAGAGAAAGAAGAAAAAGAAGAGAAAAGCACUAAAUGA